CAGAUUUUCAAGGAGAUUCUCCCGAGUUUCCCGGGCGGCGGUGCGCGGAGGCAGCAGCCCUGCCGCCCUGCCGCCCUGCCAGCCCGCCAGCCCUGGCCGGCAACUCUCGCCUGCCGUCGUCUGCUGCCGCCGCCACGCAACAUGUCGCCCGUCGCCGCCUCAGUACCGCACACGCUCCGCGCAGGGAGAGACACGCCGCGCCGCGCCCUGCGCCUAGUGCCACCAAAUACCGUGCUGUGCUGUGCUUGAGGGCGUGCUGCUCGCCACCACCCGUCCUGCUCCCGCGACCCGCCACACGCCAGGGCCCAGCGCCGCGCCGCGCCACCGCCCUCACCACUUGUGCUACAAAACACACAAUUGGCAAAAUAUUCCCCCAGUAGGACAAGUGCCAGUCUUCCCUUAAAGUUCACGAUGGAACCCCGAAGAUUUGGUCUCCGCCCCGUCAACUCAAACACUCCUAGAGGCGCCCCUGCCCCCUCCAGUAACCCCGGCAGCACCUCCUCCAGGAUACCAAGGGCGUGGAAGCCUCAGGGACCUCAGCAGACCCAAGGGAAGCCAAGCAGGAUACUCAAGAAGGAGGAGAAGGAUGAGCUGUUGAGGAAACUGACCCCGAUGCAGUACAGAGUGACGCAGGAAAAGCUGACGGAGAGGCCUUACUCCAACAAGUACUACAAGCACUGGGAGCGAGGCGUGUACUCGUGCGUGGUGUGCGGCGAGGAGCUGUUCCAGUCACAAGCCAAGUACGACUCUGGCUCAGGGUGGCCCUCCUUCUUCGACAUCAUCGACAAGGACAAGGUGUCACUCAAGCAGGACCUGUCUCACGUGGGCGCCAACCUGCUGCUGCUGGUGUGCAACCCUUCCCUGGCGCGCACCGAGGUGAGCUGCGCCACGUGCGGCGCACACGUGGGCCACCUGUUCGAAGACGGUCCCAAACCCACCGGCAAGCGCUUCUGCGUCAACUCAGCGUCCCUUGAGUUUCGGCCGCAGGGCCCCGUCACCCUGCUGCCCCUGGACCAGAUCCAGCAGCAGCAGCAGCAGCAGAAGACGUGGUCGCCGCCCUCCGAGCCUCUGGUGCACCUCGCCUCGCCCACUAACUCGUGCUCUCUCGGGGCGCGCAUGUGCUUCCGAGUGUCCAACAUGGACGCCUGCGAGGCCACGCCGCCACAGUCCUGAGACAAGCCGCCCGGUCCCUGCGAGGGACAAGACGCCGCGGAGCCUGAGGAGGCGCCCGCGGCACAGCCUGUACAUAAGGAAGCAGCCGCCCAAAAGGUAGGAAUCAAAAAGGUCACUCUUGUCGUGGACGAGGAGUCGCUAAGGAAGCCCAAGCUGUCACCAGUGAGCGAAGAGGAGUCCCUCAGGAAGCUACGCACCAGGACGGACUGGCUCACCACGCCCCAGAAUGUGCAGGACAUCGUCACCAACCGGGAGAAGCUGUCGGCGCGGGACAGGUUCUUCCUCAGCACCGCCUCGCCCCCCGAGACCAGGCGCGGCCCGCUGCCCGCCACCCACGCCCCGCAGGCCGCCACAAACGGCACCAACCUCAACGACGCCGCCACCAGGAUUCCCGUGAGCCGCGCCAAGCCCGCCAGGACACAGUCAGACCCCAACAACAGGAACGCCAGGCAGGCCGCCAAACAGACGCCGCCGCCACCCAAGGGCGUGCUUAAGAAACCCAAGCGCGAGGUGAACGGCGAGGAGAUCGACAAUAGACCCAGCAGCGAGACGCGCCACGUGGCCAGGGACAAGGACACCAAGGACGCCAAAGACACCACGGACACCACGGACACGCCGGGCGCCAGACACACGGACAGCUGCAACAACCAGCAGGUGAUCCCUUACGACGCCCCAGAGACUCCAGUCAGCAACGGCAACUGUGAGUCCUCGCCACUGCCGCCCCCAGAGCCCGCCCAGCCCCCAGAGGCCUUCCAGGAUGCGACGCAGCCCGCCUCUCCCCUUCGCAACAC